CCAGAUUUUCCAGAUCUUAAAUUCUCUCCUCCCCCAAUUCCAUUAAAAAUCUCACUCUUCUUCUCAAUCUCUCCCGAUUCUCCCGUCAAUCUCAAAGUGAAAUGGAUCAACAAGGACAAUCAUCAGCUAUGAACUACGGUUCAAACCCAUACCAAACCAACGCCAUGACCACUGCACCAACCGGUUCGGACCAUCCAGCUUACCACCAGAUCCACCAGCAACAACAGCAACAGCUAACUCAACAGCUUCAAUCAUUCUGGGAGACUCAAUUCAAAGAGAUUGAGAAAACCACUGAUUUCAAGAACCAUAGCCUUCCAUUGGCAAGAAUCAAGAAGAUCAUGAAAGCUGAUGAAGAUGUGCGUAUGAUCUCGGCCGAGGCGCCUGUUGUGUUCGCGAGGGCUUGUGAGAUGUUUAUUCUGGAGCUUACGUUAAGGUCUUGGAACCACACUGAGGAGAAUAAGAGGAGGACGUUGCAGAAGAAUGAUAUUGCGGCUGCUGUGACUAGAACUGAUAUCUUUGAUUUCCUUGUGGAUAUUGUUCCACGGGAGGAUCUUCGUGAUGAAGUCUUGGGUGGUGUUAGUGCUGAAGCUGCUACAGCUGCGGGUUAUCCGUAUGGAUACUUACCUCCUGGAACAGCUCCGAUUGGGAAUCCUGGAAUGGUUAUGGGUAACCCGGGUGCAUAUCCGCCUAACCCGUAUAUGGGUCAACCAAUGUGGCAACAACAAGGACCUGAGCAGCAGCAGGAUCCUGAGAAUUAGCUUUGCCUAAUAAAUUGUGAGUUCUUGUUUUAACUUUGUUGCUAUAUCCUUUUAAGUUUCAUGGACACAAAAGUUGAUUUCAUACUUCUUGUUUGUUUUUACGCAGAGUCUUUCUAAUUCGAACAUCUUCCCGGUGGAUCUACUCAAGAAGAAGAAUGUUAAUAGAAAACUAUCAGUCAUAAAAGUUUGGUGUAGUAGAAUAAGUUAUGUUUUAUGAU